AUGGAUCAGAGGAAGAACUGGCCUCGGGUACUGGACUCCGAUGGCUGGUCAGUGGCUUUGCUCUGUCUCUUCCUGGCCUCGCUGUCCCGAAAUGUGUCCAGCAACACCUUGUUCAGCACUUUCCACUCUGAGAACAGGGACUGGACAUUCAACCACCUGACUGUCCACCAAGGCACUGGAGCAGUCUAUGUUGGAGCUAUCAACAGGGUUUACAAGCUUUCAGGUAACCUGACCAUUUUGGUGGCUCAUAAAACUGGGCCUGAGGAGGACAAUAAAUCCUGCUACCCACCCCUCAUUGUCCAGCCAUGCAGCGAGAUCCUCACCCUCACCAACAAUGUCAACAAGCUGCUGAUCAUUGACUACUCUGAGAACCGGCUGCUGGCCUGUGGCAGCCUCUACCAGGGGGUCUGCAAGCUGCUGCGCCUGGACGACCUCUUCAUCUUGGUAGAGCCCUCACACAAGAAGGAGCACUACCUCUCCAGUGUCAACAAGACAGGCACCAUGUAUGGUGUGAUCGUGCGCUCGGAAGGGGAAGAUGGGAAGCUCUUCAUUGGCACAGCAGUGGAUGGGAAGCAGGAUUAUUUCCCCACCCUCUCCAGCCGCAAACUUCCCCGGGACCCAGAGUCAUCAGCCAUGCUGGAUUAUGAACUCCACAGUGACUUUGUCUCAUCCCUUAUCAAAAUCCCCUCAGAUACCUUGGCCCUCGUCUCGCACUUUGACAUCUUCUACAUCUAUGGUUUUGCCAGUGGCAACUUUGUCUAUUUUUUGACUGUGCAGCCAGAGACCCCCGAGGGCGUCUCCAUCAACUCCGCCAGCGACCUCUUCUACACGUCUCGCAUCGUCCGUCUCUGCAAAGAUGACCCCAAGUUCCACUCCUAUGUCUCUCUGCCCUUUGGCUGUGUCAAGGGGGACACCGAGUACCGCCUCCUGCAAGCAGCAUACCUCUCCAAGCCGGGAGAGGUGCUGGCCAAGGCCCUCAACAUCACGGCCCAGGAGGAUGUCCUCUUUGCCAUCUUCUCCCAGGGCCAGAAGCAGCUCCACCAGCCGCCCGACGACUCCGCGCUCUGCGUCUUCCCCAUUCGCGCCAUCAACGCUCAGAUCAAGGAGCGCCUGCAGUCCUGCUACCAGGGGGAGGGCAACCUGGAGCUCAACUGGCUGCUGGGGAAGGACGUCCAGUGCACCAAAGCGCCGGUCCCCAUUGAUGACAAUUUCUGUGGGCUUGACAUCAACCAGCCCCUGGGGGGCUCGACACCAGUGGAUGGGGUGCCGCUCUCCACCUCCAGCCGGGACCGCAUGACUUCAGUUGCUUCCUACGUCUACAACGGCUACAGCGUGGUGUUUGUGGGGACCAAGACUGGCAAGCUGAAGAAGAUCCGAGCAGAUGGGCCUCCCCACGGCGGGAUUCAGUAUGAGGUGGUGCCGGUGUUCAAGGACGGGAGCCCAGUCCUUCGGGACAUGGCCUUCUCCACCCAUCACAAGUACCUGUACGUCAUGUCAGAGCGACAGGUGUCCCGGGUGCCCGUGGAGUCCUGUGGGCAGUACACGACCUGUGGGGAGUGCCUGAGCUCGGGGGACCCACACUGUGGCUGGUGCACCCUCCACCACACGUGCUCCCCGCGGGACAGCGGCGGGCGGAGGAGCUCACCGAACCGCUUUGCCGGCAGCAUCAGCCGGUGCAUGAGCCUCACCGUGCGGCCCAGCAGCAUCUCCGUGUCCCAGCACAGCCUCCCGCUCAGCCUGCUGAUCAGUGAUGCUCCAGACCUGGGAGCUGGGGUCACCUGCCUCUUUGGAAACCUGACAGAGGUGGAGGGGCAGGUCUCAGGCAACCAAGUUGUAUGUAUUUCACCAGCAGCAAAAGACGUUCCUGCCAUACCUUUGGAUCAGGACUGGUUCGGCGUGGUGCUGCAGCUGAAGUCCCGGGAGACGGGCAGGACCUUUGUCAGCACCGAGUUCAAGUUCUACAACUGCAGUGCCCACCAGCUGUGCCUGUCCUGUGUGAACAGCGCCUUCCGCUGCCACUGGUGCAAGUACCGCAACCUCUGCACCCACGACCCCACCACCUGCUCCUUCCAGGAGGGGCGGAUCAACGUCUCGGAGGACUGUCCCCAGCUCUUCCCCACAGAGGAGAUCCUGAUCCCAGUGGGAGAGGUGAAACCCAUCACGCUGAAGGCAAGAAACCUGCCCCAGCCCCAGUCGGGGCAGCGCGGGUACGAGUGUGUCCUCAACAUCCAGGGCACCAUCCACCGCGUGCCCGCCCUGCGCUUCAACAGCUCCAGCGUCCAGUGCCAGAACAGCUCGUAUCUCUAUGAUGGGAUGGACAUAAGCAACUUAGCAGUGGACUUUGCAGUGGUUUGGAACGGGAACUUUGUUAUUGACAACCCGGAGGAUCUAAAAGUUCACCUCUACAAGUGUGCAGCCCAGCGGGAGAGCUGCGGGCUCUGCCUCAAGGCCGACCCCAAGUUCGAGUGCGGCUGGUGCAGCGGGGAGGGCCGGUGUGCCCUGCAGCCCCACUGCAGUGCCCAGCCCUGGCUGCACUGGGCCGGCCGCAACGUCAAGUGCUCCAACCCGCCUUUCCCUCUCUUAAAAUCCACCAUCCUGACAGUGUCAGGCCCCCCAGAAGGAGGGACAAGGGUGACCAUCCGUGGUGUGAACCUGGGCCUGGAUUUCUCCGAGAUCGCCCGGGGGGUGCAGGUGGCCGGGGUGCAGUGCACACCCCUGCCCGAGCACUACAUCGUCGCAGAACAGAUCGUCUGUGAAAUGGGGCAGGCACUGCCAGGGAUCAGCUCCGGCCCAGUGCUCCUGUGCAUCGGAGAGUGCAAGCCGGAGUUCACAGCCAAGUCCACGCAGCAGUACAUGUUUGUGACUCCAGUGGUGACUUUCCUGAGCCCCAGCCGUGGUCCAGAGUCAGGAGGGACAAUGGUGACCAUCUCUGGGCACUACCUGGGAGCUGGCAGCCGUGUUUCUGUGCUCCUGGGGAACCAGACCUGCGAGUUCUACGGGAGAUCCAUGAACGAGAUUGUCUGCGUGUCAGCCCCGUCAGCCCAUGGCCUGGGGCCUGUGCACGUCUCUGUCAGUGUGGACCGGGCUCAGCUGGAGCAGACCCUGCUGUUUGAAUACAUCGAUGAUCCCAAGGUGCAGCACAUUGAGCCCGAGUGGAGCAUCACCAGUGGAUACACACCUCUAACUGUCACUGGCUCCAACCUGGACGUGAUCCAGGAGCCAAGGAUCCGUGUCAAGUACAACGGCAAGGAGUUUGUCAAUGUCUGCAAGGCAGUGAACGCCACAGCGCUGGCCUGCCUGGCACCCCCUCUAGCCCCCCAGUACCGCCCCGGCCUCGACGCCAUCGAGCGGCCCGACGAGUUUGGCUUCAUCUUUAACAACGUCCAGUCCCUGCUGGUCUACAAUGACACCAAGUUCAUCUAUUACCCCAACCCAACGUUUGAACUCCUGAGCCCGACCGGGGUCCUGGAGCAGAAGCCAGGGUCACCCAUCAUCCUGAAGGGCAGAAACCUGUGCCCACCCGCUCCGGGAGGAGCAAAGCUCAACUACACUGUGCUGAUUGGAGAGACGCCCUGUGCUGUCACCGUCUCCGAGACCCAGCUGCUGUGUGAGCCCCCAAACCUCACUGGACAGCACAAAGUGAUGGUGCGUGUUGGUGGUAUCAUCUACUCCCCUGGCUCGGUGAACAUCGUCUCGGACAGCCUGCUGACCCUGCCGGCCAUCGUCAGCAUCGCGGCGGGGGGCAGCCUGCUCCUCAUCAUCGUCAUCAUCGUCCUCAUCGCCUACAAGCGCAAGUCCCGGGAGAACGACCUGACCCUCAAGAGGCUGCAGAUGCAGAUGGACAAUCUGGAGUCCCGGGUGGCCCUGGAGUGCAAGGAGGCUUUUGCAGAGCUGCAGACAGACAUCAAUGAAUUAACCAGUGACCUGGACCGCUCUGGGAUCCCGUACCUUGACUACCGGACCUAUGCCAUGAGGGUUCUUUUCCCUGGCAUCGAGGACCACCCUGUUCUGCGGGAGCUGGAGGUCCAAGGGAAUGGGCAGCAGAGUGUGGAGAAGGCCUUGAAGCUCUUUGCUCAGCUGAUCAACAACAAAGUUUUCCUGCUGACCUUCAUCCGCACCUUGGAGCUGCAGCGCAGCUUCUCCAUGCGUGACCGUGGCAACGUGGCCUCACUCAUCAUGACUGGCCUGCAAGGGAAGCUGGAAUAUGCCACUGAUGUGCUGAAGCAGCUGCUCUCUGACCUCAUUGAGAAGAACCUGGAGAACAAGAACCACCCCAAACUGCUCUUGCGCAGGACCGAGUCGGUGGCUGAGAAGAUGCUGACUAACUGGUUUGCCUUCCUUCUCCACAAGUUCCUCAAGGAAUGUGCUGGAGAGCCACUCUUCAUGCUCUACUGUGCCAUCAAGCAACAGAUGGAGAAAGGUCCCAUUGAUGCCAUCACAGGAGAAGCCCGUUACUCCCUCAGUGAGGACAAGCUGAUCCGGCAGCAAAUUGAGUACAAGACUCUGAUCCUGAACUGUGUGAACCCAGAUAAUGAGAACAGCCCAGAGAUCCCUGUGAAGGUGCUGAACUGUGACACCAUCACUCAAGUCAAAGAGAAGAUCCUCGAUGCAGUCUACAAAAAUGUCCCAUAUUCUCAAAGACCAAGAGCUGUUGACAUGGAUUUGGAGUGGCGGCAGGGCCGGAUUGCUCGGGUGGUCCUGCAGGAUGAAGACAUCACCACCAAGAUUGAAGGAGACUGGAAGCGCCUGAACACUUUGAUGCAUUAUCAGGUAUCAGACCGCUCGGUGGUGGCUCUGGUUCCCAAACAAACCUCCUCCUACAACAUUCCUGCCUCUGCCAGCAUAUCCCGGACAUCCAUCAGUAGAUAUGACUCCACCUUCCGCUACACGGGCAGCCCCGACAGCCUGCGCUCCCGGGCCCCCAUGAUCACCCCCGACCUGGAGAGUGGGGUCAAGGUCUGGCACCUGGUCAAAAACCACGACCAUGGAGACCAGAAGGAAGGAGACCGGGGCAGUAAGAUGGUGUCUGAGAUCUACCUGACCAGGCUAUUAGCUACGAAGGGAACGCUGCAGAAGUUUGUGGAUGACCUGUUUGAGACGCUGUUCAGCACGGUGCACCGCGGCAGCGCCCUCCCGCUCGCCAUCAAGUACAUGUUUGACUUCCUGGACGAGCAGGCGGACAAGCACGGCAUCCACGACACCGACGUGAGGCACACGUGGAAGAGCAACUGCCUCCCUCUGCGGUUCUGGGUGAACGUCAUCAAAAACCCCCAGUUUGUGUUUGACAUCCACAAAGGCAGCAUCACAGACGCCUGCCUCUCUGUUGUGGCUCAGACCUUCAUGGACUCCUGCUCCACCUCAGAGCACCGCCUGGGCAAGGAUUCCCCCUCUAACAAGCUGCUGUAUGCCAAGGACAUCCCCAGCUACAAGAGCUGGGUGGAAAGGUAUUACGCCGACAUCGCCAAGCUCCCGGCCAUCAGCGACCAGGACAUGAACGCCUACCUGGCCGAGCAGUCCCGCCUCCACUCUGCAGAGUUCAACAUGCUCAGCGCCCUCAACGAGAUCUACUCCUAUGUCAGCAAGUACAGCGAAGAGCUCAUUGGGGCUCUGGAGCAGGAUGAGCAGGCACGAAGGCAGCGCCUGGCGUACAAAGUAGAGCAACUCAUCAGUGCCAUGUCCAUUGAGAGCUGAGGAAAGGCUGCAGUGCUCACCACAGCAAAGGGCAGAGGAUUGCACAGACUCUGGGGAAUUCAGAGGGAGAACAAGCAGGAAAGGCUCUGGACACAUAAAUACCAAGGCCCUUCUGGAGGGAGGAGAUUGGCCCAAGGACUGACCGUGUUCAAAAUCGUGCAGGAUCCAGUUAGAAAAGGCAGGAAGAGGAAAAGACAAAGCAUCUCAAUCAAAGGCAAAUCAAGAGAGAUCAUUAUUUUCAAGCAUACAUUGAAAGAAGGAACCUGGAAAGUCUGGAUGUCUCCAUGACUGCUGCUUUGCAUGAAAAUUGUUUGAUGUAUAUUAG